AGAUUGCAAUGCAUUGAUCAGUUGAAAACAUGGCGGUCAUUGUGCCCAAAGCUCUGCAUGUUCUCUCCAUUAUAUCACUAAUUGGAGCGAUCACUUGCUACAGAUUGGACGCCAGAAACUACAGAAAUUUAGGGGAAGAUCCCGACGUCAACAGGAAUGCGAGUGAAUUAAUUACAAGCAAAGGCUACCCUUGUAAGGAAUACUCUGUCCAGACUGAAGAUGGUUUUAUCCUCGGUGUCCAACGCAUUCCCUAUGGUCGCAACGAAUCAGAGUACACCCCACGACCCGUUGUCUUCUUGCAGCACGGCCUUCUAGCAUCUGCCACCAACUGGUUGACGAACCUUGCGAAUGAGAGCCUGGCAUACAUUCUUGCUGAUGCUGGUUUUGACGUGUGGCUCGGCAACGUUCGGGGGAAUGUCUAUUCGAGGAAAAGCAUCAAGUACAAGCCAGAAGAUGUGGAAUUCUGGAAAUGGAGUUGGGAUGAAAUGGCCAAGUACGAUCUACCAGCCAUGAUAAACCUUGCUUUGAAGGAAACAAAUCAACGAGAUCUCUUCUAUAUCGGCCACUCUCAAGGAACGACAAUCGCAUUUGCAGAGUUUUCCAGAAACAUUGAGCUUGCAUCCAAGGUCAAGAUGAUGUAUGCAUUAGCUCCGGUAACGAGAGUGGGUAACAUGACAAGCCCUCUUCGCUACCUUACAUACUUCCUCCCUGAAAUUAAGUUCCUCUUUGAAAUCUUAGGGGAGGGCGAGUUUAUGCCGAGCAACGAGUUUGUGAAGUGGUUAGCCAAAGACAUGUGUACUGUAGAUAAGACGCUGUGUUCAAACGUUCUCUUUGUCAUCUGUGGUUUUGACGAAAAGAAUCUUAACAUGACUCGUCUCCCUGUAUACGUUACCCAUGAUCCUGCAGGGACAUCUGUCAUGGACGUUGUCCACUAUGCACAGAUGGUUGAGUCAGGCACAUUCCAGAUGUACGACUACGGAGUAGCAGGAAACAUGGCAAGAUAUAACCAGAGCACCCCACCCCUGUACAAUCCAGAAGGCAUGACCACUCCGGUGUCCAUCUUCUGGGGCGACAAGGACUACCUGGCCGACCCGAAGGACGUCCAGUGGCUCAUACCAAAACUGACCAAGGUCAUUCAGGGGAACCACCAUUAUGAGGACUACGAUCACCUUGACUUCAUCUGGGGUAUGGACGCGCCGAGUCGAGUGUACGCACCCAUCGUCACGGACCUGAAGAAGAGAUCCGGUGGGACGUUAUAGCAGUUGGGUGUCGUAGAGUAGAUGUAUUUUUACUUGGAUUUGCUGGGGGGUGUUUCACAAAGAUUUAAGUAUGACUUAAGUCGCACUUAAAUACCGACGCGUACAUGAUAUGCAACGCGC